CAACCUCUCCUCACUCCUUCUGCAACUUCUCUUUCUUCAACCAGCCAGACCAGCUACAGCAGCGGUGAGCGGAUAUCAUUCUUCUCCUUCUGCAAGCUUUCCCCGCCAUCGCCAUCGUCUCUAAAUUCCAAUCGAUAUCGUCAAGCUCUGCCCCCUACUGGUUGCUGCUCUCGCCGUCUCCAAUCGUCAGACCCUGCCUCACCGUACACGGAAUCCAGACUAGUUCGUCAAAAUUAAGCAACUUAAAUGGGUCGAAAGAAGCCCGGUGCUCGCGAUGAUGAUACUGCCCCUGCGACAUCUCUGGCUGGAGGGGGGAAGUCGAAGAAAAAGGCACUUCUAAUUGAUGAUGACGAGUAUUCCAUAAGUACUCAAAUGUCUGAGGAGCAACUUCAAGCUCCAGAAGAGAGUGUUGUCCCAACAGGUGGUAAGAAGAAAGGAAAGAAGGGAAAAGCAAGAAAUUCGCAAAUUGAGGAUGAUGAAUUUGACGAAAAGGCUCUGACUCUAGAUGUGGAUGAGGAUGAAGAUGAUGAUGCAGCUCCAGUCUUUGCUGGGAAGAAGAAACCAAAGUCUAAGAAGGGUGGUAAUAGUAAUUCUUUUACUGCUUCUGGGUUUGGCUUACUAGGAGAGGAAGACCAAGAUAAUGAUAAUGAUAAAGAUGAGGAUGUGGAUGUAGAGGAAGAUUAUGUACCAACUUUUACGGGGAAGAAGAAGUCUUCAAAGUCAAAAAAGAAGAGUGAUAAACCAUCGUCUAAUUUUGAUACGCUGGAUGAACUAGAUGGAAGUAAGGAUGAAGGAAACGAGGAGGUUACCAAAGAUGCUGUGGAGGAGGUUACCAAAGAUGCUGUGGAGACAUCGAAGAGCAAAAAGAAAAAAAAGAAGGCUGGAAGAACAGUUCAAGAAGAGGAUGACCUAGAUAAACUUCUAGCUGAGCUUGGUGAAGGACCUGUAAUAGCAAAACCUUUGCCUGUUUCUGUUCCUGUUCCAACUCCAUUACCAGAGGACAAAGCUCAGACUCAAAGCGAAGAAGUUGCUCCUGCAGAUAUUGGUGCCGAAGAGGAUGGACCUAUGGAGUCCGCUGCUGCGAAAAAGAAGAAAAAGAAAAAGGAGAAAGAGAAGGAGAAGAAAGCGGCAGCAGCUGUGUCGACGUCUGUUCCAGUUGAGGCAGUAAAGCAAGAAAAGCCGGAAGAAGCAAAGGUUGAGACCAAAGGUAAAGUGAUAGACAAGAAAGUCCCGAAGCAUGUACGAGAGAUGCAGGAGAGGCUUGCCAGGCUCAAGGAACUGGAGGAAAAGAAAAAAAAGGAGGAAGAAGAGAAGCUAAGAAAAGAAGAAGAAGAGCAGAAGCGGCUAGAAGAACUAGAGAGGAUAGCUGAAGAAAAGAAAAGAAUUAAAAAGGAAAAGGAAAAGGAGAAGAUUUUGAAGAAGAAACAAGAAGGGAAGUUUUUGACAGGAAAGCAAAAGGAAGAAGCUCGUCGGUUGGAGGCGAUGAGGAAUCAAAUUCUUGCUAAUGCCGGAGGCUUGCAAAUCCCUGCUGAUGCUGGUGGUGCCCCCUCUAAAAGACCUAUAUAUAAAACAAAGAAGUCGAAACCAAAUCAUUCUCAGGUAAAUGGUUCAGUUCAGGAGAAGGGCGUUGAGAGUAUAGAUGAAAAGGAGAUCCAACAAAAUGUUGAGGCUGAAUUGGAUUCCAAGGAGCUAGAGAAGGUUGAAGAAGACAGUUCAGAAGUUGCUGAAGUGGUUGAAGAUAAUGUGAAUGAAGAAGAUGAGGAUGAAGAUGAGUGGGAUGCAAAGAGUUGGGAUGAUGCUGAUCUCAAACUCCCUGGUUCAAGUGCAUUUGCUGAUGAAGAAGUUGACUCCGAGCCUGAGCCUGAGCCUGAACCUGUGAUUGUGAGUGCAAAGCUGGAUGCUUCUUCCUCAAGUUCUCCCAGUACUGUACCAAAUGGAACACUGGAUAUGGAAAGCAAAACAUCUAAGGCUGAAGUGAGGAACAAGAAUAAAAGUAAAGGGCCAAGUUCUGCUGUUUCCCCUAGCCAGGGAGAAGCUGAUCUACGGUCCCCAAUUUGUUGUAUUAUGGGUCAUGUUGAUACUGGUAAAACCAAAUUGCUUGAUUGCAUCCGUGGGACUAAUGUUCAGGAAGGUGAGGCUGGUGGAAUUACUCAGCAAAUUGGAGCGACAUAUUUUCCAGCAGAGAAUAUCCGUGAGAGGACAAAAGAACUAAAAGCUGAUGCAAAAUUGAAUGUCCCUGGUUUGUUGGUCAUUGAUACGCCUGGGCACGAGUCCUUCACUAAUCUACGAUCCCGGGGUUCAGGUUUAUGCGAUAUAGCAAUUUUGGUGGUUGAUAUUAUGCAUGGCUUGGAACCACAGACCAUUGAAUCCCUUAAUCUUUUAAAAAUGAGAAAUACAGAAUUCAUUGUCGCACUGAACAAGGUUGACAGACUGUAUGGAUGGAAAACUUGUCGAAAUGCACCAAUUGUUAAAGCAAUGAAACAACAAUCCAAAGAUGUUCAGAAUGAGUUUAAUAUGAGGUUGACUCAGAUUAUCACUCAGCUCAAGGAACAAGGAUUAAACACAGAGCUUUAUUACAAGAACAAAGAUAUGGGAGAAACCUACUGCAUUGUACCUACAAGUGCUAUAAGUGGUGAAGGAAUUCCUGAUUUAUUGUUAUUACUCGUUCAAUGGACACAAAAGACAAUGAUCGAAAAACUUACAUACAGCAAUGAAAUACAGUGUACUGUUUUAGAGGUUAAGGUGGUAGAAGGCCAUGGCACGACUAUUGACGUGGUGUUAGUAAAUGGACUUCUUCAUGAAGGUGAUCAGAUAGUUGUUUGUGGCAUGCAGGGACCUAUUGUCACCACUAUUCGUGCAUUACUUACGCCACAUCCUAUGAAGGAGCUUCGUGUUAAGGGAACAUUUUUACAUCACAAAGAGAUUAAAGCAGCUCAGGGCAUCAAGAUCACUGCACAGGGCCUUGAGCAUGCGAUUGCUGGCACUGGCCUCUAUGUUGUAGGACCUAAUGAUGAUUUGGAAGAAAUGAAGGAGUCUGCUAUGGAAGAUAUGAAAUCAGUACUAAACAGGAUAGACAAAACUGGGGAAGGAGUUUGUGUUCAGGCCUCUACUCUUGGAUCCUUGGAAGCAUUACUGGAGUUCUUGAAAUCUCCUGCUGUGAGUAUACCUGUUAGUGGUAUAAGCAUUGGUCCUGUACAUAAGAAAGAUGUGGUAAGGGCUAGUGUGAUGCUCGAGAAGAAAAAAGAAUAUGCAACGAUAUUGGCCUUUGAUGUUAAAGUGACUCCAGAAGCCCGAGAACUUGCAGAUGAACUUGGUGUCAAGAUAUUCAUUGCAGAUAUCAUCUAUCAUUUGUUUGAUCAGUUUAAGGCAUAUAUUGAUAAUCUCAAAGAGGAAAAGAAGAAAGAAGCUGCUGAAGAUGCAGUUUUCCCUUGUGUACUAAAAAUUAUGCCCAACUGUGUCUUCAACAAGAAGGACCCCAUUGUUUUGGGUGUUGAUGUUCUUGAAGGGAUUGCUAAGAUCGGAACACCAAUUUGUAUUCCUCAGAAGGAUUUUAUUGAAAUUGGCCGUAUUGCGUCCAUUGAGAAUAACCACAAACCGGUUGAUUAUGCCAAGAAGGGCCAAAAAGUUGCUAUUAAGAUAACAAGCUCGAAUUCCGAUGAGCAGCAGAAGAUGUUUGGCAGGCAUUUCGAGAUGGAAGAUGAGCUUGUAAGCCACAUCUCUAGAAGAUCCAUCGAUAUUCUUAAAACAAACUAUCGGGAUGAUUUGUCUAUGGAAGAAUGGAAGCUAGUUGUGAAACUGAAGAACCUCUUCAAAAUUCAGUGAAGAGUGCAUGCUGCUUUCAAAUUCUCACCAAAAGGUACAUCUCUUGAGGAGGAUUUCAUUCUCACAAGGUUCAUUGUUCCGCUUUUUGGCCAUGCAUCGAUUGUGGUCUCGGGGUUUGAUAAUUUAAAGGAGUUGCGAAGGAGAACCGCGAAGAUAAUCAAUAGAGUGGAUAAAUGCAACAUAACCAAAUCAUUUUUGUAUGUCAAGUAUUUGGGGAAUUGUUUGUUGUUUAGACCAUGAAAAGUUUCACAUUUUAUUUUUCUUUUCUUUUGUGUACUUUAAUUUAUUUGAGGAUUUGUUGCUGGUUUUGGAGUUUAUUAUACUAAAACUCAAAUCAUAUCAAAUCAAUAGUUUUAUAUGC